AUGGCAUUAGGCUGUGCUGUGGAAGGAGUACCAAAGGAUGUGCGGACUAAGUACUGCCGGUACCGCAGCAUCCACACGCAGUGCUUGGUGCUGCUGGGUGCUCAGUUGCUGACCGGGCAGUUCCCCUGCCGAGGCUGCCUGCACCCGUCUGCCCGCGGAGCUAUGAGGAUGCAAGGGAAACCGUAUGUCUUUGAUCGAGUGUUACCUCCUAAUACAACCCAGGAACAAGUUUAUAAUGCCUGUGCCAAGCAGAUUGUUAAAGAUGUUCUUGAAGGCUACAAUGGCACAAUCUUUGCUUAUGGACAGACAUCAUCAGGAAAAACGCAUACUAUGGAGGGGAAGCUGCACGACCCUCAGCUCAUGGGAAUCAUUCCAAGAAUUGCACAUGACAUCUUUGAUCACAUCUAUUCCAUGGAUGAAAACCUGGAGUUUCACAUAAAGGUUUCCUACUUUGAGAUAUAUUUGGACAAAAUAAGGGACCUACUCGAUGUGUCAAAGACAAACCUCGCUGUACAUGAAGAUAAAAACAGAGUCCCAUAUGUUAAGGGUUGUACGGAAAGAUUUGUAUCUAGUCCUGAAGAAGUUUUGGAUGUCAUUGAUGAAGGGAAAGCUAACCGUCAUGUAGCCGUUACAAAUAUGAAUGAACACAGCUCUAGGAGCCACAGUAUCUUCCUUAUUAAUAUUAAACAAGAGAAUGUGGAAACUGAGAAGAAACUCAGUGGAAAGCUUUACCUGGUAGACUUGGCUGGAAGUGAGAAGGUCAGCAAAACUGGAGCGGAGGGCGCUGUUCUUGAUGAAGCUAAAAAUAUCAAUAAGUCUUUGUCUGCUUUAGGCAACGUGAUAUCUGCCUUGGCCGAAGGAACUAAAACACAUGUUCCGUACCGAGACAGCAAAAUGACCCGAAUACUUCAGGAUUCCCUUGGUGGGAACUGCAGAACCACCAUUGUGAUAUGCUGUUCUCCUUCUGUGUUCAACGAAGCAGAAACAAAGUCAACCCUGAUGUUUGGACAGCGAGCUAAGACGAUUAAGAACACGGUCUCUGUGAAUCUGGAACUGACUGCAGAGGAGUGGAAGAAGAAGUACGAGAAGGAGAAAGACAAAAACAAGAGUCUAAAGAAUGUUAUCCAGCAUCUAGAGCUGGAACUGAACAGGUGGAGAAAUGGAGAAGCUGUGCCUGAAGAUGAACAGAUCAGCGCAAAGGACCAGAAGAACCUGGAGCCUUGUGAUAACACCCCGAUUAUUGACAACAUCACACCGGUAGUUGCCAGCAUCUCGACAGAGGAGAAGCAGAAAUAUGAUGAGGAGAUUGCCAGUCUCUACAGACAGCUGGAUGAUAAGGAUGAUGAAAUCAACCAGCAGAGCCAGUUGGCUGAAAAGCUAAAGCAGCAAAUGUUGGAUCAAGAGGAGCUUUUGGCCUCCACUAGGAGAGAUUAUGAGAAAAUUCAAGAGGAGCUGACCCGUCUCCAGAUUGAGAACGAAGCAGCGAAAGAUGAAGUGAAAGAGGUCCUUCAAGCCCUGGAAGAAUUAGCUGUCAAUUAUGACCAGAAAUCCCAAGAAGUGGAGGACAAAACAAGGGCCAACGAGCAGCUGGCUGAUGAGCUGGCACAAAAGAGUAGUGCCCUGACAGCGACCCAGAGGGAGCUGGGCCAGUUGCAGGAGCUCAGUAACCAUCAGAAGAAGAGAGCUACAGAAAUCUUGAACUUGCUGCUUAAGGACCUGGGAGAGAUUGGAGGAAUCAUUGGUACUAACGAUGUUAAAACAUUAGCAGAUGUGAACGGGGUGAUUGAGGAGGAGUUCACCAUGGCACGGCUUUACAUCAGCAAGAUGAAGUCUGAGGUGAAGUCUCUGGUGAACCGCAGCAAGCAGUUGGAGAGCGCCCAGAUAGAUUCCAACAGGAAGAUGAAUGCCAGCGAGAGGGAGCUUGCAGCUUGCCAGCUCCUCAUUUCACAACAUGAAGCAAAGAUCAAGUCCCUUACAGACUACAUGCAAAAUAUGGAGCAGAAGAGAAGGCAGCUGGAAGAGUCCCAGGACUCUCUCAAUGAAGAACUUGCCAAAUUACGUGCUCAAGAAAAAAUGCAUGAAGUCAGUUUCAAGGAUAAGGAGAAAGAACAUCUGACCCGGCUUCAGGAUGCAGAGGAGAUGAAGAAGGCGCUGGAGCAGCAGAUGGAGAGUCACAGGGAAGCCCACCAGAAGCAGCUGUCCAGGCUGAGGGAUGAAAUUGAAGAGAAGCAGAAAAUAAUUGAUGAAAUCAGAGAUAUGAAUCAGAAGCUGCAACUGGAACAAGAAAAACUGAGUGCUGAUUAUGAUAAAUUAAAAAUUGAGGACCAGGAAAGAGAAAUGAAACUGGAAAAGCUCAUACUCCUUAACGAUAAAAGGGAACAAGCAAGAGAAGAUCUUAAAGGGCUGGAGGAAACAGUGGCGAGAGAACUUCAGACUCUUCACAACCUACGCAAACUGUUUGUGCAAGAUCUCACCACCCGUGUUAAAAAAAGCGUGGAACUGGACAGCGAUGACGGAGGUGGAAGUGCUGCGCAGAAGCAGAAAAUUUCCUUUCUUGAGAACAACCUGGAACAGCUUACAAAGGUUCACAAACAGUUGGUACGUGAUAAUGCAGAUCUUCGUUGUGAGCUUCCUAAGCUGGAAAAACGACUUAGAGCUACGGCAGAGAGAGUUAAGGCCCUGGAGAGUGCACUGAAGGAGGCCAAGGAGAACGCCAUGCGAGACCGCAAACGGUACCAGCAGGAGGUGGAUCGCAUUAAGGAGGCUGUGAGAGCCAAAAACAUGGCACGGAGAGCACACUCUGCUCAAAUUGCCAAGCCCAUCCGCCCUGGUCACUACCCAGCGUCUUCUCCAACGGCUGUCCAUGCCAUCCGAGGGGGAGGGAUGUCAAACUCCAGCUACUAUCACAACACCAAAUAGACGAGAAGUCAGUUCCACUUAGCAUGCUAAGGACUGUCAUUAAGUCACUAGCUUCUUUUCUUCCCCCCUCUUCGACCGGAUCCACAUCCUGUUCAUCCUGCGCGUCCUACAGCCAUCUGCAAUGCACUGGUCCCAGGUAUUUUGAGCUUCGUAGGAUCUCCACGUGUACAGAAGUGUUCAGCUCAACUCUUCUACAGAUACUUGUACAAUGUAUUUAACAUAACCAUCUAAGUAACGAUAGGAAGUCUGCCACUCAGAAUCUCUCACUGACUGCGUUUGACCCCUUGGCGCUGGUUAGGUUGGGGCUUCGACACUCAGAUUGAUGCUUUUUCGAAGUCCUCUGUUGCAGCAGUAAAUCCCGACUUCUGGCAUCAGAGAAUUAAUUAUUCAAUGACCAAGUGCCAUCAAAGGCAGGUGAUUGUGCUCUGUCAUGACUGAUUUACUGUAUAAUAUACAUAUUAUUUUAUAUUUUUAGGGGAUGAAAAUGUGCUGCUAUAUGGUUUAAUUUUACUGCUUACAUUUUCAGAAGUAAAUUUCCCCAAAGAACCAUUUGUAAUAUCCUGAUAAAAUCUUUGGACUGUAUAAAAUAACUUUUAUUGCAGUACCUGGUAAAGAUCAGACGGGAUGCAGAGAAAUCUGUUAGUAUAGGUCUAGGUUUUGAAGUUUGGUAGUUACAUGAAUAUAUCUGUGUGACCUAUCUUAAAAUUAAGAUCUGAUCUGCUUGUAGUUCUCCCUACAGUGGUGGGUUUUCCUGGAGUGUGAUGGCUAGCCGUGUGUUUGUAAGCGUUGUUCUCUAUGAAAUUUUGAAGGCUUUCAGAAUGCUGUGGAAAUCUUGUCUUGG